CUGGGCUUGUCUGUUUUUGAUAUCCAAUCCAACUGUUUCUCCAAGCUCUGAGCAUAAACCCUAGGCACAACUCCGAACUCAGUCAAUUUUCACAAGGGUUUUAGGAAAAACCCUCCAGUUAUAGGAUCCUGAAUUCAUUGUUACGUUCGUUAACGACCGAUACAACUAAAAGAUCACUCAAAAGGAAUCAAAAUUUGAAUUUAACUCAGAAAUCAAGAAAUUAGUUUCCUAGCAAUGGGAAAGAGAGGAAAGAGCUCGAAGAAAGACAGUAGAAACCCUAAGAGAAGACACCGAGACGACGACGUCGUCGACCCUGAAGACGUCAAUGACGAAAUUGAUAUUUUUCAUAAGCAGAGGGAUGUUGUUCCAUUAGAUAUUAAUGGGGAUGCUGGAGAUUCAGAUGAAGAUGAUGAACAUCCUGUUUUUGAUCUUCAGGAUAUUGAUGAUGAUGAGGAGGAGGAGGAGGAGGAGGAGGAAGAUGAUGAUGAUAUUGAUGAUGCUCAAGUUUCUAAGUUUGCAGCAAAAAUUGCAAGGCAACAUAAGCUUUUGAGAGCAAAGUUUGGUGGAGUUGAGGAUGAAAUGAAUGAUGAAGAUGAUGAUGAAGAUGAGAAAGAAGAAAAGGCUCCAUGGGGUGGAAUAAAGAGCAGAUAUUAUGGUGGUGAUAAUCGCGACUUUGAGUUGCACUCAAGUGAUGAUGAGGCUCCCAUGGAAGAGGAGGAUGAGGUGAAAGAAAUACAAAAAGAAAGAGCAAAAAAUUUAUCAAUUGAAGACUUUGGCCUUGAAGAUGCUAGUGAAGAUGAGAAUAAUAGAGAAUUGACCUUAGAGGAAAUUUCAGCAAAAGGAAAAGGUGGAAAAUUAUCUUUACUGAGCGAAGAAGCUUUAGAUGUCCUGGCUACAUUUGAGGAGGUCAAGAAAGAUUUGAAUGCUUUGUCAAAGGAAGAGCAGAUGGAUGUGGUACACAGUUCUGCACCAGAAUUGGUUGGUUUGUUGUCAGAGCUGGAUGCUGCACUUGAAGAGCUUGAAAGCAAAGUUAAUCCACUUUUAAGAAAGGCUAAAAAAGGGAAGAUCUUUCUGGAAGGUGGGAUGCGCUAUCUGGAGGUGAAGCAGAUUCUUUUGCUGGCCUAUUGUCAAGCGAUAACCUUUUAUCUUCUUCUCAAGUCUGAAGGGCAUCCAGUUCGUGAUCAUCCUGUCUUAGGUCGUAUUAUGGAGAUCCGAGGCUUACUUGAUAAGGUGAAACAACUUGAUGCGAACCUUCCUUCUGAAUGGGAGGAGAUUCUGAAGAAUAAAGGUGCUGAAAUGGGUCAACAGUUAGUUAAAGAGAGUGCUGAACUGGUGUCUGACUCUGGCACAAAGGAUCAUGGUCCAUCACUACCUGAAGACACAACUAACUUGCCAAAAGUGGAGUCUGCAAGUAGCCAUGACAAGAAGGCGGUGAAACUUAAGCAUGAGAAUGAUCAAGUUGGUAUGCAGAGCAGGGAAAUGUUGAAAGUAAGAGCGGCUCUUGAGGAAAAAUUGAAGCAGAAGGGAAUUUUUAGUUCCAACAUCCAGAAGCCUGAUAAAACCAAGAAACAUCUGAAACCAGUGAAUGGACAGCUUGAAACAUAUGAUGAUUUUGCUGAUGAUGCCAUGGAUGUUGAAGGAGGUGCUCGUGGAUCGAGUAAUGGGCUUGCAAGCUCACAGCAUUCUAACAAAAUUUCCCAACUUCUAACUGCUAAACAGAAUAAGUCCAAGGUUGUAUCUGGUGAUGAUGAUUUACCUAGGAGAGAUGAUAUUGGAGAAAGGCGAAGGAAAUAUGAGCUCAGAGUACUGGCAGGAGCAGCAGUUAAAUCUGAGGAUGACCAUGGAGGUGAAUAUGACACUUCUGAGGAUGAUAGAGGUAUUUCUGUGGAGGAGAAUGGUGACACAGAAGACACAAAAGACACAGAAGAUUCAGAAGAUGACUUUUAUAAACAAGUGAAGAAACAAAGGGCUGCAAAACUUGCUGCGAAAGCUGAGUUAUAUACAAGGACCUCAGUACAGACUUCAUUACCUGAAACUGUAGAUGGAAAACGGCUGAUAACUCAUCAGAUAGAGAAGAAUAGAGGUUUGACUCGUCAGCGCAAUAAGAAUACAAAAAACCCGAGGAAGAAAUACAGGUUGCAAAGUAAGAAACGAGAGAAAAAACGGAAAGGUCAGGUGCGGGAUAUCAGGAAACCAGUUGGUCAAUAUGGCGGAGAAGCCUCUGGAAUCAACGUAGGAAUCAGCAGGAGCAUCAGAUUCAAGAACUAGAUUCUAACGUCCAGUCUUGUCAACUUAAAAGUCCUGAGCCUGUUGGAUCAUGCAUCUUUCCUGUUGUUGUUUGAUUUUUACAUAAUUAUAUAUUUAUUUUGAAGACUAAACAAGAAAGUGCAUAUUAUAGUUUCAA